UCUUUUUUUAUUAAAGGUCCUGCACAAGCACAAUGAGUUAGAUACCUGGCACUUAGUUCGGUGAGGGCAUUUUCCGACUUCUGGAGACUCGUAUUUGCAAGUUGCACACUCGCUUACCAGACAUCACCUUUAAGUGGACUUUCAAGUGCAAAUUAAUAAUUUAUUACCAAAUCUUUUUAAUUUUUCAAUUCAAUGUGUAUUUAAAUUUCAAACCCCUUCUGCACUCUAGUUCUUAUUUUGCUUGCACUAAAUGUUUGAGUUGGCUUACUGCACGAAAAUUAUUGAAGUACUAAGCUUAAUGUGAAUAGUUGUCGAGCUCCCACUAUACUCAAUAUGGACUUCUACAUCGAUGAUGGCUUCGAGUUAAGCGAAGUCCCCAUGAAUAUCUCAACUUUGGAUGACUUGCAUGCGGCAUCUGCUCAUUCACCAUGCAAUGCGAGUGCCGACUCGCCGCCGAACGAAUCAGCAUUGCCUACUAACGACGAUUUGGACGUCAAGAAAAUCGUGAAGUGUCAACAGGAGAAAGAAUUCCCGUUCUUACCAGGCACUGAACCUUCACCUGAAGUGCUCGCUACCCUCAGCAAAUGUCAAGCGUUUGCGCACUUCUAUGAAAUUCCGAGUGUCUUGGAGGCACUUGAGCUACGACAGACCAGUGAUGAGCAUUCAAAUGAUGCGUGGACGCCGAGAGUGCGACCGCUGCUCCGGACAGUGGCGGUGGCCGGACUGAAGACGCUACUAUUGGGCCGCGGCUCUGUGUGGACAACCGCCAGUCUGGGCUCUGCCCUCACCGAUGAUGGAGGGUCUGCUCUCCCAGUUAAGCAGAUGCUGGUGCACCACGAGACACGUCCCUCCCCCCGCCGCUACCUCGUCCUGCUGCAGGAGGGCGGCGCCCUUACCAUCCUCUCCUUCCCUGCACUCCAUGUCGUGAGUCGGUAUACUUCAGUUCAGUCUGUCGAUUCUGCUGAUGAAGGUUUAACUGGAAGACCAACACUGCAUAUUAUUAAAUGCUCAGGAGAGCGCAUGCAGUGGUUGCCUUAUUUGUCCGACGCGUCGGAAGUCGAAAGCUCCCAACCUCCCCCGCCGGCAGCCAAACUGAAAGUGGAAAAAAUCUUACAAUCCAAGUUACAUGCGUCACUGGAGCGCCUGUGUCGUCUGGAGACCAGCUGUCGGCAGCGCGAGACGUUCAUCAGUCGACACUCUGCCGCCCUCCGCUCUGUCUUGGCUGGAGUUCGACCAUCUCAUACUCAGGUUGCGAGGCGAGAAGAGCCUGGCGAGCUGUGCCGCGUUGUCACGGUGCGUAGCAAGCUGCUGCACAACGAUGCCUUCAUCAUAUGUGUGGCCCUCACAAAUGCUUCGAACAAACUCAUGCUGUGUGAUUUGGAGUUAAUUCUGAGUCUCCGCUCCGAGAAUAAAGAUGAAAUAAACUCUAAGGGAUGCAACAGGCGUUCUUAUUUGGAUUACAAAACUGCAGUGUACAAAAGUGUCGUGAGGCCUACAAAACAUAGACACACGGAUUCUUCAGACAGAAAUAAGAACAGCCGGGGCAAAAUCGGCGACGAGAAUCUUGAAAAAUCACAAGGCGCUUCCAACACUUGCAUUGAGAGACUUUCUCCGUGCCUUCUAAGACCUAAGAAACAGGCAUACGUUAUUGGAAUUUGUCGUCUUCCAUCGUUUAGCUCCGGACGUUGCUUGCAGUUCACAGGAGUUGUGCAAUUCAAGACCAAGCCUUUAUCUCUCCAGGUUAACAAAUCCAACUCUCGGUCGCCAAAUAUUCACAUCGAGAAAGUCGAUAGUGAGGAAAAGUUUUUAUUGAAGAGUGAAGGCCACUCCUCGACUGACAGGAAUGAGAGGAAAAGAAAAACGUUCUUUGCUUUAGAUUCCGACGUUCCCGCUCAUCUUUCCUCACUCAGCUCCCCCAAGAAGACCACAUCAGAAAGAAGAAAAGUUCCUACGGAAGAAGAAACCACGGAAGAGUUCUUGCGUCGAAAUGGGGCUGUGUUUCUGAGCUCUGAUUAUCCGAAGUAUUGCACUAGCCUUAGUGAUUGCUUCUAUCAGCUCCCUAUUAAAACCGUGCGAGUGGACGCUCUCACGCUGGAUGCAUCGCGAGUCUCAUUCCAGGCACUGCCUAGGGCAGGCGUGUCGCUGGAUUCCCUUGCGCUCAUAGCUGGCAGCAAGAAGUGUAGCGUGUUGUUGCAGUGCGCCGCCUCCAGCUUAUCGUUAGAGAAUCUCAGGACGAGGCUGGCUGAACGUUUCCACGUCAAACGAGUUACUGACGUGCGCAACCUCUACGUGUUAUAUGCAAAUGACGCCUCAGCAGCUCUUCACCACUCCGCCCUGAGCCUCAACCAGCAUCACGUGCGGUGCAUCACAGCAGAUCUCUACUACAGGGACCUGCGACAAGGCCUUAUCUUGAUUCACGCUCUCAAGUCUGUUUUGCCCUUCGACGGAACUAUCACGCCUGUCGAGAGCGCCUCGCAAGAAGUAGCAAGCUUAUCACGUGAACAUUCUUCAAGUUCUGGGCAGUUAUCCUCUACAGACUACCUCGUGGAAAAAUCCCGGACUAAAAUUUACGAAGCUGCAAGGUUUAUAUCAAAUGGACUGAGAAACAAAUUUUCUAUGGAAAACAUUUGUGUCGAGCAAGAAAAUUCUAAAAAAUUUAAGUCUGAAGACGUGGCCGAGACCAUCAAGAAGCCUAGUGUGGCGGAUGUAUACACCCAAAAGAGAAAAUUAUUUCUUGCAGCAGGUUCGGGCUAUACCACCGACAGGGCUACGUACAAUGCAUGGAAGGCAAAGUUGUCAGUCUUGUUGAAAGAUGUUGACAUAGCUUAUUUGAAAGAGAAUCAAUAGUAAAUUUGGUUUCUAUUCAUUAGGUAACAUUUUAUCGUAUUUUAGAAUAUACAUUACAUAUACAAAUGAUGAGACUUCUUAAUUCGUUUUUCCUGUUAAAUUUAUCAACUAUCUAUGUGGGAAACGUUCAUUAGCCUUAUAACGUUUCUACAAUAACUUCAUCAGUUGCCAGAGAAGGUUAAAAAAAAGAUAUCAUGAAAUUUUAAUCUACAUAUAAUAACAG